AUGAAAUCUUCAGCUUCAAAGAACACUACUCAUGAUCAUCUUCAAAGAGGUUUCUCUCUAUCCGUUGAUGAUAGUUCACACGUCUUAAGAUCCCCAGACAACUCUUACACCUGUGGCUUCUAUAGCUUCCAAAGCAAUGCAUAUUGGUUUGCAAUCUGGUUCACAAACUCCAAGGAACGCACCGUGGUCUGGACAGCCAACCGUGACACACCUGUCAAUGGCCGUGGAUCAAAGAUGACAUUUCGGAGAAACGGAGCCAUGGUUUUGACCAAUGUGGAUGGAAUGCUCGUGUGGGAAACAAACACAACCUCGACAGAUGUCAAUAGAGCAAUGCUGUUGAAUACGGGUAAUCUUGUAUUGAAGAACAAAAGAGGUCAGAUUCUUUGGCAAAGUUUUGAUUACCCAACGGAUACUCUUUUGCCUUCUCAAACACUAACAAAGAGCAAAAGCUUGGUAUCUGCUUUAAGAAGAGGAAGUUUUGAAUCUGGGUAUUUUGGUUUGAGCUAUAACAGCAUUAACGUUUUAACACUCACUUAUGAUGGCCCAGAAAUAUCAAGUGUGUACUGGCCCAGUCCUGAUCCUGGAUAUAAUGUGUGGGCUUAUGGAAGAACCUCCUACAACAGUAGCAGAGUCGGAAUAUUCAAUGAUUUUGGUGCAUUUAGCUCGAGCGAUAGGUGGCAGUUUAAUGCUACAGAUAUGAGUUUUGGGAUCAGAAGGAGGUUAACUAUGGACUACGAUGGUAACCUCAGAAUUUAUAGCUUGAACGAGUCAACUGGGUUAUGGUCGAUCUCAUGGCAAGCUAUGGCACAACCAUGCAAUGUUCACGGCAUCUGCGGGAGAAACGGUAUUUGUGUUCAUGGACUUAAAAUGGAAUGUUCAUGCCCACCUGGUCACCGGUGGACUGACCCUAAUGAUUUGGGCCAGGGUUGUCAGCCUACUUUCAAUAAAACAUGUGUAAACUCAACAAAGUUUGGAUUUUUAGAACUGCCGCAUACAGAUUAUUAUGGCUUUGAUCUUGAUUAUCUGCCUCUAACUUCAUUUGAAACCUGUAAGGACACUUGCAUGCGAGAUUGUAGAUGUGAAGCAUUUAGUUACAGGCUCACAGGUCAAGGCCUUUGCUUUACUAAAAGUGCUCUUUUCAAUGGGAUUCGAUCUCUUGUUUUCCCAGGAUCCAUCUACUUGAAAGUACCUAUUGGCAUGAAAACAACGAAAUCUGUCUCAAUCCUCACCAGUUCUAAUGCCACAUGUGUAGAGGUCACAGUCAUGGUGGGUUCUCCAUCCAUGUAUGAAUCAUCUGGCAAGAAGGUGAAAUGGCUUUAUCUUUAUUCCAUCGCUUUGGCAAUUGGUGUGGCUGAAGCUUCGGUUAUCAUGUUAGGGUUGUGGCUUUUCUAUAGAAAAAAUGCCCUCCUAACCAACCUAGAAGAUGGUUACCAGGAAGGAGAAGAGGAAGAGUCGGAGCUUAUGAGGUUUGUAAGGGUAGCGAAAACAAAGUUCCAAAAAGAAGAAAUGGAAUCAUGGAUUGAGGAGAUUAUUGAUCCGAGGUUGGGAGGGUUGUUUAGCAUGAAACAGGCUACAAAACUUGUUGAGAUAGGUCUAAGCUGUGUGGAUGAAGACAGAAACAAACGCCCUACAAUGGAUUCAGUAGUCCAACUUCUAAUCGACUGCGAGUCUGAAUAG